AUGAAAUGUUAUAAUCCAAGGAUUGGAAUGAAGUCUUUAUUGGUAACUCCCAUCUCAAAAUUUACAGCAAAGCAAAGAGCUGGUCAUUCUAGAAGGACAAGUUCUGGUUCUGAAUACGAACUAAAGAAGUACCUGGAUGAAUCUUCUUCUGAGAGAAAGCGACUUUACCAUGAAAUAAUAGAAUUUAAGAGUAAUGUCUGGGUUUUCUGCAGAUGCGGACCCUUACGUGUAAUUGAAAUUGGGAACACAUCGAUUGUCAAUUUUGAAUUGACUAUGCUCAAUGACGAAACUAAUAUAGGUGAUGCGGUGACAACAACAGCUUGGAAAGAUGACGAAACUAAGGCAUUGGCCAUCCAACCAGACAAAGCAUUAUCAUUAGUAGUUGUUGUGACAAGUGGAAAGGGCUAA